AUGAAUCUAGCAAGACGGACCGGUAUCAACAUUCUCAGUACUGCGAUCGUUAUCACACUCGACGCACAAUCUCCAGAUGAUUUCAAGAUUUUCUACGGUAUUGGCAAAUCUGGUUUCGCUUUCGGAAUGGUCGCAGUGCCUCUCAUCGCUCAAUAUCUCAAAAAAGUAUAUGGUUGGCGAGCAUCACUAUUGCUUUUAGGAGGGUUCAUGUCUCAUCUCGUUCCGUUCACGAUGUUGGUCGAUACUAGUUUAGAGAGGAAGGAAGAAAAACAGUCCAUAGUGAACAAAGAUGACGCGACUAUUAACAUGAACUGCCAGAGUUUGCGAUCUGAUGAGUCUGGAAACGAAUCUGGGUUUACAGACAACGAUCCUACGGGUACCAUACGUGAAGAACCAAAGAGAGAGUCAUUGUUGGAUCUUUCUCAAGUGGAAAUGAUAAAGAACAGUGAAAGCGGUCAUGAUGAACAGAUAGCUCUUCAGAGGAGAAGGCCAGCGAAGCUAAUUGAACAACAGUCUCCACCAAAAUCUGGUGCCCAGGAGAUUCAGAUGGGCACGAGAUGCCACGCUAUUUUCGAAAAGAUUGUACAUGUUAUCAUAGAAUCUAUCUUUUACCAAGACCCCUGGCUCAUUGCCUUGAUUGUUGUUGUGGGUUUCUUCGGGGUGAUAGAUGGUGCUUGGCAUGCAUUCUUGCUUCCCCGCGCCAUGGGUAGAGGUAUAACAGCCUCAAAGGCACUUUCCCUUGCUUACUCCGCAGGAGCCGGUUGUUUUAUUGGCCGUUGUGUUAGUGGUGUUCUCCCCAGUACUCAGUACUUCGGUCAGCUUGAAUGGUUUCUUUCCUUGACCUUGCUAAACUGCUCGUCCCUUGUCGUCGACAUCUUCAUUCUAAAUUUUAACAUCAUGAUAGUGACAUCGUUUGUGACAGCCAUGUGUAUCGCUGAACUUAAUAUUUUGCAAGUCACCCUGUGUCAAGAAAGAUGUCCAUCUCAUGCCUUUCCUGUUGCCUUAGCAGUUGGAGAAGUCAUCUUUGGAAUAUCAGAUCUAUUAGGCACGUCAAUAGCAGGAUAUCUUGCUGAUAGAUUUGCUGACUUCAACGCAUCUUUUAUCUUCCUGUUGGUCGUUGAAAUUUGCAUAUUCGUUCUGAUGGUAAUUCUAAAACUCACCAAGCAUCGGACUUAAUAUACAUUUCGUUUUAUACAAUUAUAGACAUAAUAAGAACUGGACGAGCCUUAAUUCAUUAAUGUCUUGGUAGUCAUCGCAUGCAAAGCUUCAAAUCCAAAGUGUUGGCCGCUAACAUGAAAAAGAGGCAAAUGUGAAUGCAUAAAUGGAUGGCUCUGGUGCCGAAGAUGACUCGACUAUGAUGUCACUCAUACCAUUCUCUUCUUAAGAAGGGAAAAAUAAAGCAACUGGGAGAAAAUAACUCAAAGAUUUGAAGAAGACCCUCGAUACCGUAUACUAAAGGGAUACUCCCUGCUGAAAGUUUUCGAAGAUAUGUAAUUUUAAAGUUUAAACAAUAUUUUGUGAAAAAAGUUAUAUGCACACCGUCAUGAAUCUUCAUUAGGUAGGCUGAUGAUAUCACAUCCCCACUUACCUUUUUCUUAAUAAUGUUAUUACAUGAGAUCAUAACCAUUUAUAAGUACAUAUGUGUGUAUGAUAAUAACGAUGAGUUGUAGUAAUUAAUAUCUUAUAAGCGUUAAAUCUGUUUUCAAUCCAUUUAUUUUUUUCAUUCUUGAUGGAUAAAAUUUGAAUAAAUAUAUAUAAUUUCAUAUAAUACAAUACAAAAUUAAUAAGUGGAUGUAUGACAUCACCAGCUUGCCCAUUGCAUACUAAUGAAGACAUGCACAGAACUGUUUUAUCAAAAUGAUUAUAACUUUGUUAUUCAUUGUCCGAUUACGAUGAAAUUUUCAGUGCUUUGAUCGUUUGUUUGAUUUUAACCUUAUCUGUUUAAAUCAGAUUAUGUUCAGCCUAGUAUAUUACCACGUUUGAAAGGGCACAGUCACAGAGCUGGCUCAUCAUCUAGACUCAGAAUUAUUGUUUCACAUAUUUUGAUACAUCGUAAAAAAAUGUCAUUUUUAUUCAGUUGAUAGAUCAUGUAGAUUUACUAGAUUUUAUCAUGAUUAUUAUG